UCGCCACUGGAGACCUUUGUGCAGCCUGGUCGAGUCAUUCCUGAGGCCCUAAGAGGAGAGUCUUAAAGCACAAUACCUCCACACCUGACAUCUGGUCCCUUUAAGGACAUAAUGGCCAGCCCGGCCUCCCGCCCACCUCUCUGCAAGACUGUUAGAAGUGGACCAUUGUUUUAUGUCCUCCGACAAUUACCCGCGUGACACCCUUCUUGCCUCCUCCAGCAGCAGAACUGAGUUUCACCUGACUCCAGAGGGCAGAGGGGAGAAAGAUGUCGGAUGAAGAUGAUCUGGACGACAUUGAACCAGACCAGGAUGAUCUGGAAAAAGAAGAAGAUGAGAAGGAGAUGGACGAGUGGGAUGACUACAGGAAGGAGGGAGAAGAAGUCUCUGAGGAAUGGAUGCCUACCCCGCUCACGGAGGCCAUGAUGAAGGAAGGACUUUCUUUACUCUGCAAGACUGGCAGUGGGCUGGCUCACGCUUAUAUUAAGCUGGAGGCUAAAGACAGGGACCUCACAGACAUCAACCUUCUGCGCUCCUACAUCCAUCUUCGUUAUGUGGAUAUUUCUGAGAACCACCUCACAGACCUGUCACCACUCAACUCUCUCACCCACCUACUGUGGCUCAAGGCUGAUGGCAAUCAGCUUCGGAGUGCCCGGCUGAAUGAGCUGCCCUACCUGCAGAUCGCCAGUUUUUCCUACAACCAGAUCAUGGACACUGAAGGCAUCUCUCAUCCCCGUCUAGGAAGCCUGGAUCUCAAAGGGAACCGCAUCCACCAUGUGACGGGUCUGGACCCUGAAAAACUGACUAGCCUGCAUACCCUGGAGCUUCGAGGGAACCAGAUAGAAAGCACAUUGGGAAUCGGCCUUCCUAAGCUGAAGAAUCUCUUCCUGGCGCAAAACAUGCUGAAGAAGGUGGAAGGCCUGGAGAACCUCAGCAAUCUGACCACCUUGCAUCUUCGAGACAACCAGAUUGAAACUUUGGAUGGCUUCUCCAAGGAAAUGAAAUCACUGCAGUACCUGAACUUGAGGAGCAAUAUGAUUGCUGACGUAGGGGAGAUGGCCAAGCUGCGGGACCUGCCAAAGCUUCGAGCCUUGGUGAUGUUGGACAACCCGUGUGCAGAUGAGACCGACUACCGCCAGGAGGCCCUGGUGCAGAUGGCGCACCUAGAGCGCCUAGACAAAGAGUUCUUUGAGGAUGAGGACCGCGCUGAGGCAGAGGAGAUCCGUCAGAGGAUGAAGGAGGAACAGGAACAAGAACAGGAUGUAGAUCAUGACAUGGAACCAUACCAGCCACCAGCUUAGCUGCCCUCCCAGCCUACACAGAUGGAGACCAAGACACUGGCCUCAAGAAUUGAUGAGACUCCGGUGGGUACCACCACACUCACAGACCUGUGAUAGGAAGGGGGAGAUGCUGGCUGCCUUUUGUCUCCGAACUGAAAAUCCAUCAUAUCCCAAGGCCCAGUCUUUUUGGUGGUCAUCUUUGUGUGGCUUGUUUUAUGGGCCUAAAGCCCUAAGGUCUGUCUGGAGCCUAGAUCGGGGACAGCCCUCAAGCAGUUCUGGAGCAACCAGGAUGCUUGUAGCGGUUAUGUGGAGAAAGAGCCAAGGAGGUGGCCUGUGAUGGGACAGUUCAGGUUUCAAAUAAAAAGGUAUUUUGAUA